AUGGAAGACACUACCAUGUUAGAUGGCUCACAAGGUCCCUUUGAAGAGCUCACCUUCACAAUAAUCCCCAAUGGCCUCUCAGAAGACCGAAUGCGCCAGAUCGAAGAUGAUAUUAGAGGCGCACGCGGAACGAUCGUACCCUUCAACGCACCUAAAGGCCGCAUAGAGAAUCUAGAAGAAAUCAGUUACAUUGUUUCUGAGACGGCCGAUUUCCCCGACUACUAUCGCUCCCUCGAUCUCAUGAUACAUGUCGUCAAGCCAACAUGGAUAGACGCGUCGCUCCAAUCCAACAAGGCCAAGAACCCGCGAACAUACAGUCCUGAUCCCGCAUUCAUCAUGAACGACGUGGUUAUAUGCUGUGGGGAUAUACCGAGCGGAGACAAGGAAGCGAUUGAGGGUGGUGUAUUGGCAUUAGGUGGGCAAUGCGCACCAAGCCUCUCCAAAUUCGUGACACAUCUUAUUGCACUCGACGUGAGCGAACCACGAUGUCAGCUCGCCAUUAGCAAGCGGCUGCAGUUGUCAAUCGUGCUACCCCAUUGGUUCGAUGACUGCCUCAAAGUUGGCCGCCGAAUAUCAGAGCGACCUUACACGCUUCCCAAUCCUGAGAUUCUCGCCGACAUGGAACCGGGUGCGAUUCCUCCUACACGAGUGAGCCAGCAGAUUCGAGACGCAACCACACCAGACCCUCACCACGACCCUGUACCACCACCAGCCCACCUAGAGCCACCCCGCGCAAUCAAGGCCUUCGAUGGAAAGCGUGUCAAGCUUGGCGAAGAUUUGAAUAUCAGCAGCCGGCUCAAGGGUAUUAUUACGGGCAUGAUCAAGGCUGGAGGCGGCAGUGUGACCUCGAAGAUCGACGAAGCGGAUAUGUAUAUCUGCAACUACCGAGAAGGUCCUGACUAUAUCAAGGCUUCGCAAGCGCGGAAAGAUGUGGGCAAUCUGGGCUGGCUAUACUACCUUAUCACGCACGGAAUCUGGACGAACCCUAUGCAGCGAAUGAUGCACUACCCGCGACCACGGGAGGGCAUUCCCGGUUUCGAAAAGUACAAAAUCAGCAUUUCAAGUUACACUGGCGAAGCGCGUGUGUACCUGGAAAACCUGAUCAAAGCUACAGGUGCCGAGUUCACCAAGACCUUCAAGCAGGACAACACACAUCUUGUCGCUGCGCACAAGAACAGCGAAAAGUGCGAGGCCGCGACGGAGUGGGGCGUGAACAUUGUCAAUCAUUUGUGGCUAGAAGAAAGCUACGCCAAAUGCCGGGAGAUGCCACUAACUGAGAGUCGUUACACGUACUUCCCAGAUCGGACCAACCUGGGAGAAGUUUUGGGUCAGACUGAGAUUGAUCGCGAGGCCACCGAGAAGAUCUUCUUCUCAAAGCAAGCAAAGCCCGUCAAAACUGUCAAGGCGGCACCGCAGACCAACGCCGUUCCAGCGUCGAGUGUAGCGCCAAGGGCAAGCGAACCUCCUGCACCUCGUAGUCCGCCUGUAGCUGAGAAGGCCAAGCGUGCGAAGUCAGGAGGGAAUGCGCAAACACCAUUACCACCUCGAAAUACCGAUGGAAAAGAGAACCAGACACCAGGCAGUCGAGGAGCGAAAGACCGCGCAUUGUCAAAACUGCAUAAUGCCGCAACAGAUAUCGCACAAUUCGAGAAGGAGAUGAAACGUAAAGGCGGCGUUAUACACGGCGGACGCCGACGGACAGAAGAUCAGGUUGAUGAGGGGACAAAGCAAGCGAAGGGCAGCCGUGACUCAGUCUCAAGCAAACGCUCUAUCGAUGAAGUCGACGAUGAUGACGAGACGGAAGAUGAGGCCACAGAGAUCCCAGCAAAGAACAAACGAGCAAAGAAGGAUAAGCUCACACCUAUCAAGUUCCGCAUGCUUAUCUCAAAAGAUGAGCGAUGGGCCAAUAACCCUGAGAAGGAAUCAAAGGAUAAAGCGCGCCUUCGAGAGCUCGGUCUCUUCAUCACAGACGACUUCAAGAAGGUGGAUAUGGUUUGCGCGCCACAGCCCGUUCGGACGAAGAAGUUUAUUGCAGCACUAGCCUGUGCACCCACCCUCGUGUCAACCAGUUACCUCGACUUCGCCCUCAAGAACAACAAGCUUCCGCCGGCAGAGAAACACCUCCUCCAAGCUAGAGACUUUGAAGAGGCCAAUAACUUCCGCUUGUCUGAAGCACUGGAGCGCGCCAAGCAGAACAAGCAUCGCCUACUUAGGGACUGGACUAUAUUCUGUACAGAGAAGGUUGGUGGUGGCUUCGAUACUUACAAAGAUAUUGUGGAAGCCAACGGAGGAAAGUGCGUUUUAUGGAAAGGACGUCCUACUACGGUGUCCGCAUCGAAGCGCAUACUUAACACUUCCGAUAAAGAAGUCAGUCAGAACCAAGUCGAAGAUGAAGGAGACGUACUAUACCUCAUCUCUGACGCUGAUAAGAAAGAGUUCACCAAUUGGACCAAAUUCCGUGAAUUGGCCAAGAGAGAAAACAUGGUUCCCCGUAUCGUCAAGACGGAAUGGCUGCUUUCUGUAGCGAUGGCGCAGUAUGUUCAUUGGGAUCCGGAGUGGGAGCUGAGUGAAGAGGUUGUAAACGCUGCAAAGAAGUAA